CUAGUAAUUAUCUCACGAUUCAUCACAGCUGUCAGAAAGUGGAAGUCAUCUAUACUGCUUGGGGUCCCUGGGGUCCAUGCGAAACCUGUGGUCUCACCGCUCGUCGAAUAAGAAAACGUCAAUGUGUUAAUCCUGGUAUAGAGUAUUUUGCACCUCCGUGGGGCUGCAGAGACUCGUCAAGCUUAGCACAGCAGAAGCACUGUUACCAUAGCUGUGGAGAUAAAAAUGUGAGCCUUGAUGAUGGACAAAAUACCACAAUUGUGUGUCCUAAGGACAAAGAUUACUACACUGUGAUCGAGAUACGUUCAGUCUUCUAUGGGAACGGCAUUUGUCCAUCAAACAACGGUAGCAAGGUUGCUGUCAUGAAAAGAUGUCAGGGACGAAGCCAAUGCUACCUCGAAGCUUCAGCCGACAUAUUUAACGAUUCUUGUCCAGGGUUCAAAAAAUAUCUGAAUGUAACGUACAGGUGCCAGUCAAUUUAUAGAAUGGAGUGGUUUGAGAAUUAUGGAAUGACUCCAACUAAUCUUAGUUGCUAUGACAACAUGGUCAUUAUAACGCAUGCAGUUUCGUGGAAUGAUAAUGGAAACUGCAAUUAUGAUCAAAGCGCAAUGACAAUCAUUCAGAACCUUUGCGAUGGCAGAAAGUCGUGCGUUGUGGAGAAUAAAAAACGUCUACUGGGAGGUUCCUGUGAAUAUUCCCUAACAUUUGUAAUGUAUUACAGCUGCCAGACAGGUACGUCAAGAAAUUAGAUAUGUUCUAUUCUAUAAUGUUAACGCAAACUACCCUGGAAUGAAGCCGGGUACUGAAUUGGAGAUGCGUCGCGCUGAUGGUCGGCAUGUGCGGG